AUGGAUGAAGAACCCAAAGAUCCUCUGAUUUUGGGAAGACCUUUCCUUGCCACUGCUGGAGCUAUAAUAGAUGUGAGAAGAGGCAAGAUUGAGCUGAAUUUGGGUAAAGACUGCAAGAUGGUGUUCAAUGUAAAAGAUGUUAUGAAGCAACCAACUAUAAAUGGUGAGUCAUUUUACAUUGAAACACUUGAGCAGCUAGCCGAUGACUACUUGGAGGAAUUGGGAGUUGAGGAUAAGCUGCAGCUGGCUUUGACUAAGGAUAAUGAGGAGUUUGGGUGUCUACAAGCAGAGAGUAUGGGUUAUGCUUGGCUUAUGGACUCACACAGAGCAGCAAAAGAAGGGACAGGCUUUGAGGAGUUGGAGGAAAGCUCUCAAGAGCAAGGCACGGACGAUGACUGGUCUGAGCUUAAGGCUCCCAAAGUCGAUCUCAAGCCACUCCCAAAGGGGCUCAGGUAUGCGUUCUUAGGCUCUAACUCCACAUACCCUGUCAUUGUCAAUGAUGCAUUAGACCCCCAUGAGCUUGAAACCCUCCUCGUUGAGCUGCGAAAGUACAGGAGAGCUCUUGGAUACUCGCUGGACGAUAUCAAGGGUCUCUCCCCUACUCUAUGCACUCACAGGAUCCAUCUGAAAAUGAAUCAAAGGGAUCUAUUGAACAUCAGCGUUCCAAUCCAUCCAAAUGACCAGGAAAAGACCACAUUUACAUGUCCUUAUGGCACCUUCGCAUAUCGAAGAAUGCCAUUUGGACUAUGUAAUGCCCCAGCAACGUUUCAAAGAGCCAUGCUUUCAAUCUUUUCGGAUCUAAUAGAGGAAAUGGUUGAGGUCUUCAUGGACGAUUUCUCGGUCUAUGGCUCUUCCUUUUCCUCUUGUUUGUCUAAUCUAUGUAGGGUGCUGAAAAGAUGUGAAGAAACAGGCUUGGUUUUGAAUUGGGAGAAGUGCCAUUUUAUGGUGAAAGAGGGGAUAGUCCUUGGCCACAAGAUCUCAGAGAAAGGCAUUGAAGUGGACAAGGCAAAGAUAGAAGUAAUGGUGCAACUUGGGGAGCCAAAAUCAGUUAAAGAUGUGAGAAGCUUCUUGGGACAUGCGGGUUUCUACAGGCGUUAUCAAAGAUUUUUCUAA